UUCUGGCCCUGCGAGUGGAAGAGGAUCUCGGGGAAGGCUCUUGCAUGAGAGCUUAUAGAUCUAAGCUCCCCUAGGCCCAUCCCGUCCUGGCUUGAUCCACGUACCACUGAGUUCCGGAGGGGGUGGGGGGGGUGCUUUGUCUGCUCUGAAGCUUCUUCCCCUCGUCUACUGACACAGGGUGAAGGCUGGGUGUGUGUGACCAGAGUUGAAGGGAGGGUGCCUGGGCAAGCUAUGGAAAAGGUUUGCUGGGAAAGAGGGACAGCUCUGGGGGCAGCUCAUGUGACCUCCCACCCAGGACCCCAGCACCAUGACGGUUUCAUAUACCCUCAAAGUGGCAGAGGCUCGCUUCGGAGGCUUCUCCAGCUUGCUUCUCCGCUGGAGGGGAAGCAUCUACAAGCUCCUCUACAAAGAAUUCCUCCUCUUCAUUGCCCUGUAUGCUCUGCUCAGCAUCAUCUACCGGCUCCUGCUGACCCAGGAGCAGAGGCAUGUGUAUGCUCAGGUGGCCCGAUACUGUAAUCGUUCUGCAGAUCUCAUCCCCUUAUCCUUUGUACUGGGUUUCUACGUGACCCUGGUGGUGAACCGCUGGUGGGCCCAGUAUACAAGCAUCCCGCUGCCAGACCAGCUGAUGUGCGUCAUCUCGGCCAGCGUGCAUGGCGUAGACCAGCGUGGUCGCCUGCUGCGCCGCACCCUCAUCCGCUAUGCCAACCUGGCAUCCGUGCUGGUGCUGCGCUCGGUCAGCACCCGCGUGCUCAAGCGCUUCCCCACCAUGGAGCACGUGGUGGACGCAGGUGCGGACAGGCGCCCCCGCGCUCAGCCUGGCCAACGCAGGUGCCACGCUGGGGAGCCCGGGGGCGGCCCCCCGGGGGCCAGGACCAGAACAUGGGCCUCCUGGGAGGGGAGGUCAAACCCCCGAGGGGCACGUCCUAGCGGCAAGGGAGGUGUCUGCGCCCCCACUCACUGUAUCUCCUCAGGUUUCAUGUCCCAGGAAGAGAGGAAAAAGUUUGAGAGCCUGAAAUCCGAUUUCAACAAGUACUGGAUCCCCUGUGUCUGGUUUACCAACCUGGCCGCCCAGGCCCGGAGGGAUGGGCGGAUCCGUGAUGACAUUGCUCUCUGUCUGCUCCUGGAAGAGCUGAACAAGUACCGGGCCAAAUGCAGCAUGCUAUUCCACUAUGACUGGAUCAGCAUCCCUCUCGUCUACACCCAAGUGGUGACCAUAGCGGUAUAUUCCUUCUUUGCCCUCUCCCUGGUUGGCCGCCAGUUCGUGGAGCCUGAGGCAGGGCGGGCUAAACCUCAGGAGCCUUUAGAGCCAGGCCAGGAGGCAGCGUCCACCAUGGGGGACCUGGACAUGUAUGUGCCUCUCACUACUCUGCUGCAGUUCUUCUUCUAUGCUGGCUGGCUCAAGGUGGCCGAACAGAUUAUCAACCCCUUUGGUGAGGAUGAUGAUGACUUUGAGACCAACCAGCUCAUAGACCGCAACUUGCAGGUGUCUCUGUUAUCCGUGGACGACAUGUACCAGAACCUGCCUCCCGCCGAGAAAGACCUGUACUGGGACGAGGACUCCGCGCAGCCGCCCUACACGGUGGCCACGGCGGCCGAGGCUCUGCGGCCUUCCUUCCUGGGCUCCACCUUCAACCUUCGCAUGAGCGACGACCCCGAGCAGAGCGUGCAGGUGGAGGCGUCCCCAGGGUCCGCUCGACCGCUGCCUGCCACGCAGACCCCGCUGCUCGGCCGCUUCCUGGCUGCAGGAGCACCCUCCCCGGCCAUCAGCCUCAGGACCUUCGGCCGCGUGCGAGGAACCCCCUGGAACCCGCAUGUGCUGCGCUUACGAGCGGAGGAGAGUGGUGACCCCGAGGCCGCGGACCGCAUUGAGGAGGCGUCAGUGCGGUCAGAGGACGAGGCCGGGGAGCCCUGAUUGGAGGCUGCCAGGCACAGGCCGUCCUGCCUGCCUGCCCCAGGCCUACCUCGGCUCACUUUCCCAACCCCCUGCUGACCUCCAGCGCUAUUAGAGCGCUUGCUGUGUCGCUUGCUGUUUCCUGAGCAGGAGAAUUCAGGGACGGACCUUGAAGGGGCAAGAUGGCGGGGCCGGCGUUGGGGCUGGGAAUAUGCCCAUUUUGGCAGAAGGUAGGAUGGCUUGCUUGGGGAAGGUGAGGCUGGGGUAAAUGGGCAGGGCCUAGGGAACAAGAACCCAGAUGCAUUGUUAAUUUCCUGG